AUGGCAGAGCCACGUCGAAUGUCAACCCGCUUUCGCGGUGAACCUCCGCCAAAGAAGCGCGCUCUAACACCAUCUCCGCCGCCACCUCUUGAGAAACCCGUAAAGCACACCCCCAAGCCGGUUGAACCUGUCGAAGACGGUCUUCCUAUGAAGUUAAGAGAGGGACAAGCCAUGCCAACUCUGUCGGAGCCACAAGAUGAGAAUUUACCUGACAAAGACUUCCAGUCAAUAUCAGGGAGUGGGGUUCUAGCAGCGGCCAUCGAGCACUCGCGCCAGAAAUGGAUGAACGACGGCAUUUUCGAUCGUUAUUGGACCAAGCCGUCGAAGAAGAAGAGCAUGGAAAGCACUCCUCAACCCGAGAAGUCGACCAUGUCAAGGCUAGGCACCUGUUCUCUGGUUAUUGAACCACAUGCAUUUGAAAUCACACUCUACGGAGUGAAGGAGAAUACUGUUCCCUAUCAACUUCCUGUAGCCCCUCCUCCGCCGCAGACAUAUUCACAAUACAAUCCCUAUUCACAUAAUGGCAAUUAUGUUACACCAUACGGGCCUCCUUUUACGGGCACGAGUACCUCAGAUCAACGUCUAUCGCCGCAUCCCCAGGCACAACAGUCGCUGCCACCAUUCAAGGAGGGGUUUGCCAACCUGGAUGCGCGAAGUCCCCCACCACUGAAUCAAUUCCCUAUACCCAACUCUACCCCUACUCCUACGUCUCGAAGGCCAUCUACGUCGAGCAAAGGAAGCCAUGAAAGCAAGACUCGAGAAGCCCCAUCUGCUGACCCAGUCAUCCAAAUGCUAGCCACACGGGCCGCGUCUGAUCCACGUCUAAAGAGCCUCAUGAAGAUUGUUGCAGCCGGCAACGCCUCGCCAGAACAGCUUGCGGAAUUCCAAAGCCAUAUUGACGAGCUUAAUGCCUUGCUGAAGUCUCCACAAACACCCAAUCCUCUUUCACAGGCAAACAAUCUUCCUAAACCCCCACCUGGUGCAAAUGCCUCUCCACCGCCGUCGACUGAUAACAUGUCACCAUCAAAUGGCGUCUCUGUGGCAACAUCACAGCAGCAACAAACGCUGAGUGCCCCACAACCUCCUCAAAUGCCGAUCAAGACCGAACCAACUACCCAACAUUUGCCAAAUCCAUUGCCUUUGCCUCAGUUCCCACCGAUGCGUACUCACCCACCGCCUCCGCGGCCUAAAGCUGACAUGCAAUCUAUUGUCUUCGAUUUCAAUGGCAUAGGCGACCGCUUUACAUUCCCUCGUCAGUCGAUCCUUGAAUAUCUCCCUGGCGACCUACAAGUCCUUGUCUCCUUCCUCAUUAUCCGGCGUGGCAGCACAACCACCGCAACUUCCACUGCUACAAAGGGAGCUAGUAGCAAACACUACAAGGGCAGCCAGAACUACUACCAACCGGUGACUAUGCGGUUAUCGGCUACCAACGCAAGAAUGCUCGAGAAUCUGAGGAAGGUUGUGGCAAGUCCGGAGGAAGUGAGGAAGUAUAUGGAAGGGAUUUUUGACCGAAUGCAGCCCGCAGAGGUAGUAUAUCUACCGUUGAGGUUGCCCAGGGGCAAGGAUGCGGGUGGAGAAGGAGAGGAAGGGGGGAAGGUAGCUGCAACCGCAAAGAGAAAGGCAGUGGAGGUAGACAGGAGUCUGGUCAGGCCGUUCUAUGAGCCGCCGAGUUCCAUGAUGCCGUUGACUGCUUAG